CUACCAUCCUGAAAGGUAUCGCAGGCAAAGAGACGUCGUAUGAUCGUCCCGAAAUUCCGCACCGCCAGUCUUCCCACCAGAGUCCUCGUACAGUACCGCCCUCGCCGCAGCAUGUCGUCAACCGUAGGAAAGGAAGAGAACGUCUGGGAUUACCCUCGGCCUCCCGCAUUAGAGAAGACUGACCGCCAUCUUCGGGUAAUCUGGGUGGAUCAGGGGGGAAUCGAGACUGUCAUCGCGGAUACCAAAGAAGGGUAUCGAGUCCUUGAAACUAGCCACCCCCCAACGUAUUACCUUCCUCCCACCUCGAUACAGCGACCCGAACUGUUCCAAAAGACCGCGAAACAUACGUUCUGCGAGUGGAAGGGUGUAGCCUCGUACUUUACCUUCAAACCUCCUACAUCCUCAUCCGACGCGUCCGGGCCGGCCUCUGUCCCUAAGAUCGAAAACCGGAUCUGGACGUACGAGAACCCCACACAGCGAUUCGUGCCGAUCAAGGAUUAUUACUGUUUCUACGCCAGUUCGGGCCAGACGAUUGAUAGAGGAUCCACUCGGGCUGGGUGGAAGUGUGAAGUUGACGGAGAGGUGGUCAAGCCUCAGGAAGGCGACUUUUAUGGCGGUUGGGUUCAUAAAGGCAUCACUGGCAAGAUGAAGGGCGCGAGGGGAACUGAGUACUGGUAGCCGGAGUCGAUCUUCAAUCGCACGAGAUCUCUCGAAAUCGGCCUUUUUGACAUGAGCUGCGACCGUCUCUUAU